UAGAAUGUAAUGUCGGAGGUAUAAGAACUAAAAUGCUGAUUGAUUCCGGAUCUAAAUAUAACCUAGUAACUGAAAAAACAUGGAUCGCUUUAAAAGAGCAAGGAGUUGCUUGUUUCAAUCAGGAAAAAAACCCGAAUAAAACAUUACUGGCAUAUGGCAGUACAAUACCGUUAAAAAUCAUCGGAUCAUUUGAAACCACGAUCAAAGUAAAUAUGCAGGAAGAACGCGCAAGGAUAUAUGUUAUUGCGGAGGGCUCAAGAAAUUUACUGGGCAAAGACACUGCAUGUAAAUUGGGUGUCCUAAAAAUAGGUGUUGACAUCAACCAAAUUAGAAACGAGCCAUUCCCGAAGUUUAAGGAUGUGUUGGUAGAAAUUCCUAUCGAUGAUACUCAAAAACCUGUUUCACAACCAUAUCGUCGAAUCCCAAUUCCGAUUGAAGAAAAGAUAGAAAGGAAAAUAAAGGAAUUACUGGACAGUGACAUAAUAGAAGAAGUACGGGAACCCUCUAAAUGGAUAUCGCCAAUGGUACCUAUUCUGAAAGACAACGGUGAAUUGCGCUUGUGCGUUGAUAUGAGGCGUGCCAAUAUGGCAAUUAUGAGGGAAAAUCAUCCGUUACCCGCAAUGGAACACCUCUUGCCAAAGAUAAGGAAGGCACAAUAUUUUACGAAGCUGGACAUAAAAAACGCGUUCCAUCAGGUGGAAUUGCAUCCUGACUCCAGACAUAUUACUACCUUCAUUAGUUCAAAGGGACUUUACCGAUACAAACGCUUGAUGUUCGGGAUAACAUGUGCUCCCGAAUUGUUCCAAAAAAUAUUGGAAAACAUGCUCCUUGAAUGUGACGGAGCUAUAAAUUUUAUAGACGAUAUAUUAGUGUUCGGUUGCACUGAAAAGGAACAUGAUUUGCGCCUAGAAAAGGUGUUAAGGGUCCUUAAGGAAAAUAAUGUUCUUUUGAACGAGGCGAAAUGCUUGUACAAAGUUCAAAAGGUAAACUUCUUGGGACAUGAACUAACUCCGGAAGGUGUUAGGCCCUUACACAAGUAUAUAGAAAGUGUGACCAAAUUCAGAGUUCCGAAGACUAUAGAGGAGUUGCAAAGCUUUUUGGGCCUAGUUAACUAUAUUAACAAGUGGCUUCCUAACAUGGCAACGAUGACGGAGCCAUUGAAACAAUUAUUGAGGAAGAAAUUUGGCAAAAAUGCUAAUAUUGAAGAGUUAUGGACCCAAGAACAGAAUCAGGCUUUUGAGAACUUAAAAAAAGCUCUUACCAAAAUUCAAAACCUUGGAUAUUACGACCUAAACGACAAAACCCAGGUUAUUGCUGAUGCCAGCCCUGUCGGAUUAGGCGCAAUUUUGGUUCAAAUUGAUGCAAAAGGACCCCGAAUUAUCGCUUUUGGGAACCGCACAUUAACCGAAUGCGAGCGUAGAUACAGCCAAACUGAAAAAGAGGCUUUGGCUUUGGUUUGGGCUAUAGAGCAUUUCAAUAUAUUUCUAUUCGGCAAGGAGUUCGACUUAAUUACUGAUCAUAAACCCUUGGAGGUUUUGUUUGGAGUGAAGUCGAAACCUUGUGCUAGGAUAGAGAGGUGGGUACUGCGGCUACAGGCGUAUCGGUACAACAUCAUAUACAAGCCUGGAAAGACGAACAUCGCUGACCCAUUAUCAAGACUGUGCAUAACCUCAGAUUGCAAAAAGACUAAUGACGACGAACAUGUCAACCAGAUUGUAGAAAAUGCUAAACCAUGCGCGAUUUCUAUGGCCGAAAUUAAAAUGCAUUCAGAACAAGAUCCGGAAAUACGCAAAGUGAAGCAAGGUAUCUACGACAAGAACUGGGAAGAUAAUGUCAAAGGAUAUAAGAUCUUUGAAAAUGAAUUGUGUUUUUUCGGUGACAUACUCCUAAGAGGAAAUAGAAUAGUUAUACCAUCCACACUUCGGAAAAGAGUCCUAGACGCUGCACAUGAAGGGCACCCUGGGAUUGUCGGCAUGAAAGGACGUUUAAGGAGUAAAGUUUGGUGGCCAAGGAUAGACAAGGAUUCUGAAUGCCUGGUGAAGAGUUGUAAGGGCUGUACUUUAGUAGGGUUACCUAAUCCGCCAGCUCCUAUGAAACGUCGCGAACUCCCGGAUGCACCUUGGGUGGAUGUAGCAAUGGAUUUACUAGGGCCAUUGCCUAGCAAUGAUUAUUUAUUAGUCGUAGUGGACUAUUAUAGCCGCUACAAGGAAGUAAAGAUAACGAAGACCAUUACUAGUGCUGUAAUAAUCAAGCUAUUGAAAGAAAUAUUUGGCCGCCUGGGCUAUCCAUCAUCCAUAACAGCAGAUAACGGACGACAGUUUGUGAGUGUGGAAUUUAAACAUUUUUGCAACGAAUGUAAUAUAAAACUUUUUAGUACAGUGCCCUAUUGGCCCCAACAAAAUGGCGAAGUAGAGAGACAAAAUCGAGACAUAUUAAAACGAUUGAAGAUUGGCAGGAUUGAGAAAAAAGAUUUACAAGAUAGCUUGAAUGAUUACCUCAUGAUGUAUAAUUCAACACCUCACUCUGUAACAGGGAAAACACCAACAGAACUGUUUUACAAAAGACAGAACAGAGACAAAAUACCUAUGCUUCAGGAUAUACAUACAGGAGAUGACACAGAAGUUAGAGACAAAGAUAAAGAACAAAAAGAAAAAGGAAAAGAAUACGGAGACAAGAGAAGAAAUGCACAUAAUGUGGAUUUGAGCGAAGGAGAUAGAGUUUAUGUAAAAGAAAUGAACAAAAGUCACAAGCUUGCACCAAAUUAUAACCCAGCACCACACAUAGUUGAGACAGCAAGCAAUGGAGAUAUUACCGUCAGAAAUGAAGAAACUGGACAGACCCUGAGGAGAAACAUAUUACAUUUAAAGAGAGUAGAAGGAGAGUGGAAAUCAAUACAAGAUAAUCAAGAACGUAAUCUGACAAACAACAGUGAAAAUCUAAAUCAAUUCGAUGAGUUACAGUAAAUUGGUAACUUACA